UGUGUUUUCAAGUGUGUGGACGUAUAUCUGUAGUCAAGCGAUGUAUCGCUUGGGAAGAGGAUGCCGAUAUGAACACUACCUCAAAUACAUGCGAACAUGUCUAAAUCGUAAAACUGGGAAAACUGCAGCUUUAGUUUGUGUGUUAUUGUUGGUGGUCGCUACCUUAUUUGUCCGUUUGCUUUAUAUCCAGUCGUAUCUCGACCACGUCCAAUCCAUCUUAAACAAUGUACGGAAGUAUGAACACACCAUCUACCGUCGAAUUCAUUACAUACGACGGCCGCACUAUAUUAGUUCUGACGUCUUCGAAGGAUGCCAAUACAGCUGUUAUUUUACUGAGAGUGACACUUUGGAAGAUGAUACGGACAACCUAAUCGUCAUAUGGCGAGAUUUACCGGAUGUUGCUCCGCCAAAGCCAAGAAAUCAGAUUUGGGUGUAUCACAGCAUGGAGCCGCCGCCACUUCAUGGAAAAUCGUAUGCGUCAUGGAAGAAACUUUUCAAUUGGACGAUUUCAUAUAGAAGAGAUUCUGAUAUAUAUAGUCCAUAUGGUAUUAUUGAAAAAAAGGAAAAUAUCGAUAAAAAUAUCACGUCGCAAAAUUUAAGUAUCAAUUGGGAUGCAAAGACAAAAGACGUUGUAUGGUUUGUUUCAAAUUGCAAGAGUUUCAGUAUGCGGUACGAAUAUGCGGUGGCGUUAAAUAAAACUGUUGAUGUAGAUAUGUUUGGACAGUGUGGUGAUCAAAAGUGUGACGAAAAAUGGCCUAUAUGUGCUAAAAAAUUACAAUCUAUUUAUAGAUAUUAUCUCUCAUUUGAAAAUUCGUUAUGUCGAGACUACAUCACAGAAAAGAGCUUCAAAAUAUAUGAGAGUCUCUUUGAUGCUAUUCCAAUUGUCAGGAAUGGUGCCUUUUUGAAUCACUACCUUCCUCCGGGAUCAUAUAUUUCAACAAAAGAUUUCCAUUCUGUGGAAUAUCUAGGAAACUUUUUGAAAGUUUUGGAGAAUACUAAAAAGACACCGAGUACGUAUUUUAAUUGGCGCAAGCAUUACGUUGCCAGGGAUAUGAUCCAGUCAAAUGAAACAUUUUGUGAAUUGUGUCGUCGUAGUCAUACAGACAAAAAGUAUCAGAAAGUGUAUAAUGAUUUUGAAACAUGGUUAAGGGGAGGAGAAGACAAUUCAUUUUGUUUACCUGUCGCUGAUAUUCAAUGAAAUGAUCUCUAGUACGAUAUAUCAAAAGCCACAUGCUGUGAUGUUAUAAGUUACGAUGAAAUGAUAGUUUUUUCAAUUAAAUAUGCUUAAAUUUUUAAAGCGCCAGUUUUAAUGUCUUAAGAUAAAAGUGACGAUUUGUCAGCUUUCGUCGUCCGCUGUGUCAUUGUACAGUGUUUUCAGUGUCGUAAGAUAAAAGUGACGAUUUGUCAGCUUUCGUCGUCCGCUGUAUCAUCGUUCAGUAGUUUCAGUUUCGUAAGAUAAAAGUGACGAUUUGUCAGUUUUCGUCGUCCGCUGUGUCAUCGUACCAUUUUUUCAGUGUCGUGAGAUAGAAGUGACGAUUUGUCAGCUUUCGUCGUCCGCUGUAUCAUCGUACAGUAGUUUCAGUGUCGUAAGAUAAAAGUCUUAAUGAGGCCCUGGUUCGAUGGAACUAAAAUUUGUACCGAAUUUCUUUCUCUGGAUAAUUAAUGUUCUUGUCUGAAUUACAUCGUUGUUCAUGGAAUUUUAUGUGAAUACUAAAGAAGGUAAUUCCGAA